UUUAUAUUUACCUCAUCUGAUGGUUAUUGGUUAUGUGGAUUAAAGUGUAGAUAUGAUGGAGAUUGUGAAGCCGAAACGUGAGAGGUCAGCCAACUUUAGUCCAGAAGAGAUUAACACUCUUGUAAACAUUGCCUUUAAAUACAAAGAUAUCAUAGAGAAUAAAGCAACAAAUGCAAUUGUCUGGAAUCGGAAGGACAAAAUAUGGAAAAUAGUGACAGCCGAAUUCAAUGACCAAAUGCUGAUAAAUAGAACAACAAAAACUCUGAGAAACAAGUAUGAAUGUUUGAAGGUGCAAUUGAGAAAGAAAUCAUUAAGAAACAAGUAUGAAAUGGACAAGUGCAAUGGUAAAAAUAUCAUUCCUUUUGAAGACUUUGAGGAAAAGUUAUUUGCAAUGCAAACAAUGGGAAUUGAUGGUAUUGUUGAUGAAGAGAGUGAUAUUGAUGUAGAAUUCAUGAUGUCAGAGGGAUACCAAAAUGAAGAGGAUUACUCCAGUUUCCAAUAUCUUAAUAAAAGUAAGGAACAAACAACAAAAUUACCAACAUUGCUUACUAAAGAUUGUGGUAAUAGUAGAAAAUUGUUGAAAAAGUCACAGAAAGAGAUAAAAUAUGAAAGAUCCUUGUCUGAAAAAUUGUCUAAAUUGGCAGAUUUACGUAAAGAGUUAUUGGCUUUGCAAAUAAAAGUUGCUAGCAAAAAGGUUCAUAUGAGAGAACAGGAGUUGUUGAGAGAAAAAGAGUUGUUUAUCUAUAAGAAGAAACUGCUUCAUUAUUCAAUGAGGAAUGAAAAACUUAAAGAUGAUGCGAGAUAUUGGAAAAGCUCUAAAAAUCUUGAUUCUCCUAUACAAAUGACGCGCAUCCCGGAUUCAGCGAAUAAGCGCAGAUUGAGGGAUAUGGAAGCUUUCCAAAUGUGUUUAGAUGAUUUUCCUACUCGCAGUAAAAAAAUAACUUCUAACAAACCCAUGAACACUUACGAAGAAGCAUUGGUUAAAGUGAAAAAUGAAGUUGAUGAGAAUGUCUCUGAUUUCAAAACGGAUGAGAUCAUCGUUAAACAAGAGAACAGUGAUUUGGGUAUUGAUAGAAAGGCUCAAAUCGAGGAGGCGGAAAAUGCGCAAUUGCUUAGAAGAAAUAUCAUGGAAGAUGAGAUUAAAAUAAAACUUGAAAUCGAUGAGGACGUCGAUGAUGAAAAAGAUAAUUUUGAGUUCGUCGAUGUACGGAUGACCGCCGAUGAGCAGAUCGAGCAAAUGGAUCCAGUGCCUAAUUUGUUUAUAAACAAAUCCGAUUUGGAAGAAGCUAUUGCGGAUAAAAGAUAUUUACAUUCACGCAACACUGUAUUAAACUUGAAAAUAGAGAAGGAAUGACAACUUUGGUUCAAUCUAAUUUAUAUAGGAGAUUUAUGUGCAAUUAUAAUAGAAUGUUUUAUAAUUAUGUUGAUUCUCAAUAAUGAAAACUAACAUUUCUAAAUAACUAGCGACUUUCUUAUUUCUAUAAUUUUUAAUUGCAAAAAUGUCAAUACAUAGAAACAUAUGGAAAAUGGAGAAGGAAUGACAACUUAGGUUUAAUCUAAUUUAUAUAGGAGAUUUAUGUGCAAUUAUAAUAGAAUAUUUUUAUAAUUAUGUUGAUUUUCAGUAAUGAAAACUAACAUUUCUAAAUGACUAGCGA